UGUGUGUCGCUCGCUCGCUCGCUCACGGUGGUGGUGGUGGUCGUGACUUUACCUUCAGUAAGACAGGAGCUCGAGAGAUUUGCAGUUAUUUGAGGCCACGAUGGAUCAAGCCAGGACAACAAUUUCAAAAAUCUUCAAUGGGGAGCCGCGCUCCUAUACUCGCUUUAACCUGACCCAGAACAUGGAGGGGGACAACAGCCAUGUGGAGAUGAAGCUCUCAUCUGACAUGGAUGAUGAAGUGGAGGCUAACGGUGUUGGGGAAAGCAUAAACCAACAUAAUCGUCCAUAUUACCCAAGCAAGCUGAACCAGCGCUCUCCCAAAACCGUCUGUGGAAUUGUCAUUGCCAUUCUGUUCCUCUUCAUUAUUGGAUACCUCAUUGGUUACCUGUCUAAUAGAAGCACAGACAAAAAUGAAAUCAAGUCAAAUUGUCCGGUUUUAAGUGAGACUACCCCAGAGAGAGAAGAACCAGUUUAUUCGUUGGACUGGAGUGAUCUCAGGGCAUUGCUGAAAAAGAAACUGACAACCGGCAACAUCGAGAGCAACCUCAAGGAAUUCUCCAGUGUCAGUCACCAGGCGGGAAGCUCAGGCGAUGAGGCGCUUGCUAAUAAAGUCAUGGGGAAAUUCCGAACAUUUGGAAUGACCCCCUGGACCGACGAGCACUUUGUGAAAGUCCAAGAUCGUGGUACCUCAAAUAAAGUGCUGUUUCGUGGUGACGCUGUGGGAACAACCGAGGGAUAUUUGGCAUACAGUGCAGUUGCUACAGUGGAGGGAGCCGCUCUGUAUGCCCAUUAUGGACGAGCAGAGGACUUCAGACGCCUUCGAGAGCUGAAUGUUGAUGUGAAUGGAAAGGUUGUCUUGAUCAGAGCUGGACUAUUAAGUUUCGCUGAAAAGGUGGCUAAUGCUGCUAGCUUGAAUGCUAGUGCAGUGCUAAUUUACCCAGAUCCUGCUAACUACGAAAUUAAUGACAACACUGCUCUAUUUGGCCAUGUCCAUCUUGGCACUGGUGAUCCCUACACUCCAGGAUUCCCUUCCUUCAAUCAUACCCAGUUUCCCCCGGCUGAGUCUUCUGGCUUGCCCCUCAUUCCGGCCCAAACUAUCACCAUAAAGCAGGCUACUGAGAUCAUGAGUAAGUUAGGCGGUCGGACUUUACCUGAUGGAUGGAGUGAUGGGAUGCUCUGGGAUACCAGGCUUGGUGAUGAAGGUGACAAUAUUACCGUGGAAGUGAACAAUGUCCUUGUUCAGAAGAAAAUCCACAACGUGUUUGGAGUCAUUAAAGGUUACUUGGACCCAGAUCGUUAUAUGGUGAUCGGAGCUCAGCGAGAUGCAUGGGGCCCUGGAUUUGCCAGAAGCACAGUCGGCACUAGUUUACUGGUGGAGUUGGCCAGAACUAUCACAGACAUGAUCAAGAAUGAUGGAUUCAAGCCAAAGAGGAGCAUAGUGUUUGGCAGCUGGAGUGCUGGUGAAUUUGGUGUCGGGGCCACUGAGUGGUUGGAGGGCUACCUGACCUCCUUGAAUUUGAAAACGUUUUCUUACAUCAGCCUUGAUGAAGUUAUUUCAGGUUCUGGCUCUUUCAAAGCAUCUGCCAGUCCACUGCUGUAUGACUUACUAGAGAGCACUAUGAAGCAGGUCUCCCAUACAGGUGAUGCAACCAAAUCCUUGCAUGAACAGUUUGCUGGAUCCAACUGGGAGAAGUCUGUAAUGGAGCCUAUGGGUUUGUCUCACUCUGCUUAUCCAUUCCAGAGCUUCUCGGGCAUCCCGUCACUUUCCUUUCGAUUUACUUUGAGUUCAAAGACAGAGUACCCGUUUGGCACUUUUGAGGAUACCCAACAAAGUCUGGACCGGUACACUUCCUCUUCCACUCUGAAACUGGCCAAGACAGCAGGUGAGGUGGCUGGACUGGUUACUCUUCGGCUGGUACACGACCACCUGCUCAAGCUGAACAUGGCAAAGUAUUCCAGCGUGAUCCGCAACUAUGUGUCCCAGAUCAGGGCUAAAGUUGAAUCACGCCAAAUGGUUCGCCGCCUUCCUUCCAAUUUGACGAUGCAAUGGCUUCUGUCAGCUCAGGGGUCGUACGAUCGUGCCGCCAGCGCCCUUGUUUCUACCAUCCGCAACAGCGAUCUUGACGACAUGGAGCAGUGUCGCAUCAUCAACAAUCGCAUUAUGAGGGUGGAAGGCAGUCUCCUCUCUCCUUUCGUGUCUCCACGGGAGAGUCCGUUCCGGCACAUCGUCCUGGGCUCUGGCUCGCACACACUGGCCGCUCUGGUGGAUCACCUCGAAGCUAUUAGAGGAAAUCUCCAAUCUGCUGACGUUGACCAAUUCAGGAAUCAGUUUGCUCUCGCUACCUGGACCAUCCAGGGCUGCGCCAAUGCAUUGGCAGGGGAAGUUUGGGAUAUGGAUAAUGAAAUUUGA